AUGCUGCGAGCCGCUACCGCCGUCGGCCCGAACUACGUCCCUUCCGAGCGGCACUACGUUGGAGGCGCCGACAUGCAGGAGUGCAAGCAGCGGAUUGAAAAGGCAUUGUCGCCCGUUACAAGUGCGUGGAGGGAGACGGCCGUGACGAUCGCCAGCGACAUGAUGCAAGACAAGGGCGGCCGCACGCAGAUGAAUAUCAUCUGCAUCAACGACACUGCAGCAGUCUUCGUUGAGGCGGUCGACUGCAAGGCAGCUACGAAGAGUGGCGUGUUCAUCGUCGGCGUCCUGUGGUCGAUCAUCGAGCGCAUUGGGGCCGAGCACGUCGUGGUGCUGUGCACUGACGGCGGCAGCGACUACAAAGCUGCUGGCAAGCUGCUGCAGAACGAAUGGCCGCAUCUUGACCUCGUGCCCUGCGCCAUGCACGUGCUGGACCUGCUGAUGGAGGACAUCGGCAAGAUGGACUGGGCGCGGGUCGUCGUGAGCCAGGCUAACAACAUCACCGGGUUCAAGCGCGGGCACCAGUGGACGCGCGCCUUCAUGCGGAGCCCGGAGCUGCACGGCGAGCAGGAAUCGCUGCAGGUGUUGCGCCCAGUAGGCACGCGCUUUCGAACGCAGUUCAUCGCAGUGUCUCGUCUGUGCGCCAUUCGCCAGCAGCUCACAGCGAUGGUGGCGUACAAGGACUGGGCGGAGAAGGGGGGGAACACGCUGACGGGAUCGGAUUUCGAAGGGUGGGAGAUGGACUCAGCGUGGUGGAAGUAG